AUAUAUAUAAAAAAAACAGAAAUAUUUCUUCUUGCAGCGGAACCUCCAGUCCUUUCGCUCUCUCUGUAGUUGUGGGAAUGCAUUAGUGAUGGUCAUUAGCAUACAUUAUGCUAAUGAGGGGCGAGCCUCGCGUGUUAUCCUCAGCACCUGAGAUGCGCGCGAGGAGCAGCUGCAGUCAGAGGGAAUAUGCGUCGGUAGUGCCCAUCGGUGGAAGACUGAGGGGAGAACCGCAUUCCAUUUCAAGUGAUUCACAUGAGUCACGGAUGGAUCCUAUUUUAACUCCCGGAAAGAAACCUUUUUUACUCUAUUUAUUAUUCUUUAUCCUAAUAUAUCAAGCACAUAUCACGUGGGGCACUGAAAGUCUGAAUUUAACACAACAGCAUGAUCUUGAAAACAGCAGCGAGAGCAGCAGGAUAAUGCUGGAGAAAUGGGAUCCCGCUUCCCAAACGGAGCAGAGAUCCUUAGAGAGCAACACAUCAUCAACAGAACAAACAGAAGCACAGAAGCCAUCACCCCGCAGAGCCACCGGUGAUUGUACAUCUCCUUGUCUGAAUGGGGGUUGGUGUGUCCAUCCAGACUCCUGUAACUGCACUUUAUACCAGGCCACUGGAACACACUGCCAGACAGUUCCCAACCUAGGCUUUGAGCGAGAAAUGACAUGUCGCUCAUGGGGACAAUACAACUAUGAAACAUUUGAUGGACUUUAUUACUACUUCCCUGGAAAAUGCAGCUACACAUUACUGAGAGACUGUGAAGACAGCACUCGGUCAAGUGUACAUAUACAGGUGCAUAAUGACCCAGAAUGCAGUUCUUUCCCAUACUCCUGCACACGUUCAAUCAGCCUCUUCCUGCCUUGGGAGGGGGAGAUUAGGUUGCAGAACUUCAGUGUUACUUUCAAGGGUCAAAGUGUACAGCUGCCCCAUCACAUCCACGAUGUUGAGCUGGAGCGCAUCUCUGACUACAUUGUAGUGUCACAGCCACAGGGUUUCACGCUGGCCUGGCAGGGACUCACUGGCUCCGUGUACAUCAAGAUGAGUCCUGAGUUUGUAGGACACACCUGUGGACUUUGUGGCAAUUUCAAUGCUGACACUCAGGAUGACCUGAAGACCAGCUAUGGUGUUUUUACACAGGAUUUGGCUAUGUUUGGAAACAGCUGGGCAGAGGAGGAGCCACAGCUGGGCAGGUGUCCUGUUGUUCCUUCUCUUUAUCCAUCACCAUGUGCCAUGCAGGAUCCUCGUGUCUUAUUGAAAGUGGAGGAAGUUUGUGCCACCCUAUUGAAGGAACCGUUCCAGUCUUGCCAUGAGUUUGUCAGUCCAUAUUCAUACAUGGCCAGUUGCUCCAAUGACCUCUGCCUGUCUGGUCCCAAUGGUGAUAAUGUGUGCCAGGUUUUCACAGAGUAUGCCAGAGCAUGUGCCCAUGCUGGACAUCCACUGCAUAACUGGAGAUCACACUUUCCUGUUUGCAGUGUUGAUUGCCCCGCCGAGCUCCUUUUCAGAGAGUGUAUUACCUGCUGUCCCAUGCACUGCAAGAUCGAACACAUGUGUAUAGACAAUUUGAUCUACGAGAAUGGGGUGUGUGUUAAGGCAUCAGACUGUCCCUGUGAGCACCAUGGCAUGCUGUACCCCUCCGGACAUGUCACACAGGAAGACUGCAACAACUGCCCCAAACUUUUGAACGGUGAUGUACUUCUUUUUUUAACAGGGGAGUGCUCUGUGACAGGAGAUAUGUUCUUCCAGUCGUUUGAUGGCCGCAUUUACACAUUUCCUGCUACGUGCCAGUACGUUUUAGCAAAGAGCAGAAACUCGGGCAAGUUCACAGUGACCAUUCAGAAUGCACCCUGUGGAGCCAAUCUGGAUGGUGCUUGUAUUCAGUCGAUCAACCUGAUGGUUGAUGAAGAUCCACGUACUGAGAUCACAAUGAGCCAUAGUGGAGAGAUUUUUCUGGCCAGUCAGUUCAGGAUCUCACUGCCAUAUUCAGAUGAUGUGUUUCAGAUCCAGGAGCUGUCGUCCAUGUUUGUUCAGGUGAAGUCAUCGCAGGGUCUGCGGCUGCAGUAUAACUGGAGGGAGUUCAGGCUGUACCUGCAGCUGGAGGAGCAGUGGAGAGAUGAUACUGUGGGGCUCUGUGGAACCUUUAACGGCAACAUUCAGGAUGACUUCCUUGCACCCUCUGGCAUGAUUGAAAGCACACCAUACUUGUUUGGAAAUGCAUGGCGUGUGUCUUCAGCAUGUGUGCCGCGGCCCAGCUUACCCCAGCUGGACCCUUGUGACACACACCAGCAAGCAGCCGCUUAUGCAGUGGAGAAGUGUGACGUGCUGACGCAAGAAGUGUUUUCUGCCUGUCAUGAGUAUGUAAGUCCAGUGGGUUUCCAGCUACAGUGUCGCGCAGACGUCUGCAGAUGUGGAGCGCCGUGCCUUUGCUCCAUCCUCGCUCACUACACCCGCACCUGCAGGAGACACGGGGUCAUCAUUGAGUUCCGCUCACACCUGCCUGAGUGUGCCAUCACGUGUCCGUCUUCUAUGGAGUAUGGAGUCUGUGUGUCGUCAUGUCAGCGUCGCUGCCUGUUUCUGUCUCUCCCUCAGCCGUGUGGCGAGGAGUGUGAGGAGGGUUGCGUGUGCCCGGAAGGAACAUACUUCAACAUGCAUACACACACCUGUGUGCCACGGAGUGAAUGUCCAUGCAGUUUUCUUGGUGCUAACUAUUCUCCUGGAGAUGUGAUCUUGACAUCAUCAGGUGUACAAAUUUGCCAAGAUGGAAAACUUGUUUCCCAGAGCUCAAUGAUUGAUACCCUGUGUCCACCAGGGCAGUUUUACGAGGACUGUGGGAACCAAGUAGACAGACACAUGGCCAAUAAAGGUUUAGCCUGUGAACAGACCUGUGAAUCGUAUUUGCUCAACCUCACCUGCUCCACCAAUGAGCCUUGUGUGCCUGGCUGCAUCUGUCCUGCAGGGCUCCUCAAGCAUGGUGAUGAAUGUUUCGAGCCACACGCAUGUCCGUGUUUGUGGAAAGGGAAAGAAUAUUAUCCAGGAGACAGAGUAUCAUCCCCCUGCCAUCAGUGUGUGUGUCAGCACGGCACGUUUCAGUGUGAGUUCCGCCCAUGUCCCUCAAUGUGCACGGCUUAUGGAGAUCGACACUACCGAACAUUUGAUGGGUUCCUGUAUGAUUAUAUUGGUGCAUGCAAGGUGUACUUGGUCAAGAGCUCAUUAGAUGCAAUGAUGACUGUGACAGCAGAGAAUGUUGACUGCUUUGAGAGUGGCGUGAUCUGCAGGAAAUCCCUCCUCAUCUCUUUGGGACGCUCCUUCAUUGUGUUUGAUGAUGACACUGGCAAACCCAACCCAUCAAGUGUGAUCGACAGGCAGAAAGUAUAUAUCUGGCAAGCAGGAUACUAUACCAUUGUGCAUCUGCUUGGAGAAGACCUCACAGUGCUGUGGGACAGAAAAACCACUGUACAUAUACAAGCUGGACCACGCUGGCAGGGCAAGCUUACUGGUCUUUGUGGGAACUUUGAUCAGAAGACAGCGAAUGAGAUGAGAACACCAGAGAACAUUGACUCAUCAACACCACAGGAGUUUGGCAACAGCUGGACAGCGGCAGAGUGUGUGAACAGCCCUGAUAUAAGGCACCCCUGCAAUCUGAAUCCUCUUCGAGAGCCCUUUGCAAAAAGACAAUGUGGGAUUUUGCUCAGUGAAGUGUUCCAAGUCUGCCACCCUGUGGUAGAUGUCACAUGGUUCUAUAUGAACUGCCUGGUGGACACCUGUGGCUGCAACCGUGGAGGAGACUGUGAGUGUUUCUGCACCAGUGUUGCAGCAUAUGCUCACCGCUGCUGCCUAAAGGGCGUCACCAUCGAUUGGCGCUCCCCUUCUGUCUGCCCUUAUGACUGUGAAUACUACAACAAAGCUCUAGGGAAAGGGCCACUGAAGCUGUUGACCUACAGAGAGAGAGGAACACUGUUGGCAGCCAAUAAGACAAGUGGACUGGUGUUUCCAAAAAGAGAAUUGACCAGUACCGAUGAGAUCCUGACAUUGUUCAUGAUGACACCAGGCAUCAGCAAAGCCAGACCACAUGACACAUCUCUGGUGUCAUUUGAGGCGGCAGACAGACCAAACUACUUCUUAAAAGCAGAACGCAGUGGCCAGCUGAGACUGCAGAAGUGGGAAGAAGCUGAGGCAUUCUGGGAUGCAGCUACAUUUGUCCUUCAUAGAGACACCUGGAUCUCAGGUUUUGAUUCGCUAGAGUCCCUGGCAAAGCCAGGGUUUUUUCUGCAUUUCAUGCUGUCCAGACUCCAACUCAUGAAAUACAGUCACUCCGAUCGGUACCGCCGAGCUACUCUAUUCAAACUGACAGGGGGCAUACCACACUAUCCAAUGGGUCCUCGAUGUCAGUGGCGGUAUGAAUCAUGUGUGAGUCCGUGCUUCAGGACAUGCAGUGACCCAUCAGGUCUGAGCUGUGCCAGUAUCCUGAAGGUUGAGGGAUGCCUCCCUCAGUGUCCAAGUCACAUGGUUCUAGAUGAGGUCACUCACAGAUGUGUCUUUGUGGAGGACUGCAUUAAGUCUGCUGUUGCUCCUCCAUUCACGCCACCCAGUACUGCAAUAUCAUCAACAUCCUCCUCAGAAUAUUCCACCUUGAGUGGUCCAGCGGUGUCUAUGUCACUCACUUCUUCAACAGUGUCAGAGUCUAGCACCACUGCUUUCACACCUACAGCACACAUGCCAAGCACUGCAAAGCUUACAUCUUCUCCUCUCAGACCUGGGGAGGUGGAAACCAUUACCACAUUAACAACAUCAACUUCUUCCUCCCCAAGCCCACUGGCUUCCACUGAGAGAACUACUAAAGCACCAAGCAUCACCCACAGUUCCACUUCUUCCACCACAGUGCACACUAGCCCAAUAUCUCUCUCAGAAACUCUCUCAGAGACCUCUACAACAAGCACACCAACAGAGUCUUUGACACUUGUCACACGUACCACAGCUAUCCCCUCACCGUUGACUUUUAGUCCCGUUCUGUCAUCUACCUCAAGUAAGGAGCUGACCAGAGUAAGCACUCUACCUAUGCUUCCAGUCUCAGCCAGCAUAAGCUCCACAGACGCCACUUCCCCAACAGUCAAAGUGUCCUCUCCUCUCACCUCUAGUACUGAGACCCCCAGAGUCACAGAGGCCUUUAUAUCUACUCAAGAGACCACAGCACCCUCUGUGACUUCUAGUGGCAGUACACAGUUUUCUGUUGAAACCAUCAGCACAACAAAGUCCACCUCACCAUCAACUACAACACCCAUAUUAGUAGAAUCAAGUACCUCUGUCACCACAGAAAAACUGACCUUUCCAACGUCUUUACACACUGUGAAGACCCCAGAGAGCACCUCUGAAUCACAGAGGCCUUUGGACAUCACUACCAUUUCCACUUCCCCUACAGAUAUUGAAGCAUCAACCACUCACAUUACAGUAAAAUCCACAAGUUCUGCUUUUCCAACACCAACUUCAACUCAAACGACACCUUUUAUUCUUUCAACAUCAACCUCAAAGCAACCCGAAACUUCAAAAACAACAGUGUCUGUGCCCACAGCAGCUUCAACAGCUUUCAUCACCACAGUGUCCUCUCAAGCUCCUGCAUUUGUGCCAACAGAAACCACAGCAAAAACAACCUAUCAACCAACAUCUGUUAUAUAUCCUUAUCCUGAUCUUCCAACAACUGAUAGAACAUUACAGACGGAUUGGAGAGUGAUCCAAACCACAUCAACUCCAUCACCAGAAACAACCCAAACCAGUGCCAAGAUAGCAGAGACACCACUUACCACCUACACCAGUAUCCCAUUCACCUCAGCACCUACAGAAGAAACAUCAACACUGCUUACAUCACAUGUGUCACCUACUGACAAGACAACUUCUAAAGAUGUCUCUGCUUCUACUACGCUGGGCCCUACAGAAUCUCACUGGAGUUUAGUUUCCACCACUGCUCUCUUUUCAGACAAAGUCAGCACAUCACCAGUUCAUUCUCCUUAUUCUAUGACUCCAACUCCAACAAUUACAUCUGCACUGCCUGAGAUUUCUCCAGCUUCACCAUCCAUACUUACAAUGGCAACAUCAGUAUCUCGAGCCCCAACAAAAACCACAGAAACAACUUCCACUUCUGAGACACCUCUGCUUACAUCUACUUCAGCUGAGGAAGAGAUUAUUUCUACCACUCAAACAUCCACAGCUAGACCUCUGAGUAUUCAUUCUGUCACUGAGACAACUAGGGUUUCUCUUGACACAGACAGAGCUGUGCUGUCAACCACCGCGACAACCCAGAUGUCAACACUGGUCCAUGAGUCCUCCAGCACCUUUCCUUCCACAAUGACUCCAAAAUUCACAACCCGUGUCACACCAGUCCUGACCUCACGGGUGGCUGUGGCUACGACACGACGAGAAACUUCACGAGUUGUGGCCACCACCAGCAUCUCACCUCCAACUAGGAAUAUAACGAUACUGACAACACCUGCAACCACUUCUACUGAUAAAGUGACCACUGUUUCCAUAGACAGAACUUCUUCUAGUAUGCCUGUUGCUACUUCUAGCACACUUCCAACACACAUUCCUGACAUCACUGAAUACACCUUUGGAUUUACAGAGUACACCACUGAAACUGGUCCGACCACAACACUGAUUUCAUCAAUUGGAACAACUCCAGUGCCUAGUGUUACCCAGACUACCAUUUCAACACAGCCCCCUACUUCCUCUACUGUCACUGAGAGUAGACCUGUAACCAGUGCAAGUGCAUCUACUGAGCACCCUCUGGUGGAUGAACGUACCACAGUCACAGCCAUGCCACCUGCUCCGGACACUGCCCAAACAACACUGAGCUCAUCUGUGAUGACCACCCUGCCCUACACGAUAGAAACAGAGCACUGGAUGACGAGCCAGACACAUGCAGAUUUAAAAACUACUGCUCACGAGCCAAGCAGAGUAUGCACCUCUCCAUAUUCAGAGGUUGUGGAUGAAUGUACAAAGCUUAUUUGCGUCAGUGGCCAGUUGCUCCUCUUCAAUAAGUCUCAGAGCUGCCCAUAUGAUCCUACACCUCCAAACUGUGGUCUGCUUGGCUUUGCCGUACUGGUCAAUGGUGAUAAGUGUUGUCCACGAUGGGACUGUCCAUGUCGUUGUUCAGUGUUUCCCGAUCUUAAUCUGAUCACAUUUGAUGGAAAAAGUGUUGCGAUUUAUAAAGCUGCUUUAUAUGUGGUGGCUCAGCUUCCCAAUGAGACUGUCAGCAUCCUUGUACAAGAGUGUUCUGGACCAGAUGACACUCUUGUGUGGAACUUUACCAGUUUGUGUCUGGCAGCUUUAAACAUUACUCACAAAUCCAACGAAGUGCUCAUCAAUCGUCUGCAGAGACGCCUAUAUGUGAACUCCAGGUAUGCAAAGCCACGUUUUAAGAAAUUUGGUUUUGAGAUUCUGGACACAGGAAACAUGUAUCUAAUCCGAAGCCCAGCUGGUAUGAAGAUCCAGUGGUUCCACACUACAGGCAUGAUGGUGAUUGAGAUGGACAGCUAUAACAACAGACUCCCCACAAUGGGCUUGUGUGGUAGUUGUGAUGGUAAUCCUCUGAAUGAUCUGACUCUGUCUAACGGUACAGUUGUGCCUGAGCAAGAGGAUCCGGCCGUGUUUAUCGAUAGCUGGCAGAUUCCCAACACCACCAGCUACGUCAGUCACGGCAGAUGGAGGGAGGCCAACUGCACCACGGGCGACUGCUCCCAGUGCAUGAGCAUGCUGAGCAACCGUACCUUCACCAUCUGCCAUCCUUAUGUCCCUCCAGCAAUGUUCUGUGAGAUGUGGGUAAGAGAUGUGGAGUAUGUGAAUAAUCCGUGUGUUGCUUUGGCUGCUUAUGCUGCUUCCUGCCACAAAUUCAACAUCUGCAUGGAAUGGAGGAGCUCUGAUUUCUGCCCAUUCAUGUGCCCAGAAAAUCUGCGUUACCAAGCAUGUCUGCCUGCCUGCACUGCCCCAUCUUGCCCAAACCAAGAUUUUGAGUUUGUCCCAGAGCAAUGCACAGGCCUUUCAGAGGGCUGUGUGUGUCCAGAGGGAACUCUAUUACACCGGCCCUAUUCUGCCCUAUGCAUUCCACCCAGCAAGUGUGCAUGUACUGAUAGUUUUGAAACCCCGCGUGCUCUUGGGGAGGUUUGGAAAGCCUCACUGGAUGGCUGCUGCAUGUACAAGUGUGAAAACGACAGCAUAGUGCCGGUGGAGUAUAACUGCAGUAACAUCCCUCAGCCAGUCUGCAUGCGUACAGGAGAGAUUACAGUCAACCUGGCAGAAGACAGCAGCUGCUGCCCUCAAAAAGCCUGUGUUUGUAACCAGAGCAUGUGUAAGGCGGCUCCUAUGGAUUGUAAAUAUGGGGAGAAGUUGGUGUCAUAUCAUAGGCAGGACUCCUGCUGUCCAGAAUACUUAUGUGAGUGUGAUCCUGAUCAGUGUGUCUUGGACAUUCCUGUGUGUCGUGAGGAUCAGACAUUGAUCGCCACUCGUGCUGAAGGCAGCUGCUGUUUGGCACACAUCUGCAUGUGUGACAAAUGUUCUGAGGCAGCUCCAGUGUGUCAAGAUGGAGAACUGUUGAUUGUGGACACAAACAGCACAGAGCGCUGCUGUCCAGUUUAUCACUGCUUGUGUGAGACCUCUAGAUGCUUAGACAUCACAUGUCCAGUUGGCAUGACAGUAAUUUCCACAAGGAUUCAAGAUCAGUGUUGUCCAUCACAGACAUGUGAAUGUGCAUGUGAUAAAGUCCUUCGGCCUAAAUGUGCUCUGGGAGAAAGUAUGCAGUUAAACAGAGCAUUUCUGUCUGAUCCGGAAAAUCGGUGUGCCUGCAAACGAUUCAUUUGUGUGAGAGAGGCGGUGUGUGUGGAUGGUGAACGGGGAGUGAUGCGGCCGGGGCAGACACUGGUCGAGCAUCGUGAUCAGGGUGUGUGUUACACCACACAGUGCACACACACACUGGACUCUGCCACAGGUUUCUAUCUCCUCAGAGCCACUGGCACUAACUGCACUGCACGCUGCCAGCCUAAUCAGAUAUACAUCCCUCCUAAAGAGCCCAGCAGCUGCUGUGGCAUGUGUAAGAACAUUUCUUGCCUGAUCCGGAGUGAGAAUGGAUCUGUAACUAUGUACAAGCCAGGGCGUAGCUGGGUGUCUGACUGCAUGCGCUUUGACUGUACGGACACUUUGUCAGGACCUGUGCUCGUCUCCCACCCUUACAGCUGUCCGCCCUUUAACGAAACUGAGUGCAUGAAGAUUGGGGGCACCGUUGUGAGUUACAUGGAUGGGUGCUGCAAGACAUGUAAAGAGGACGGGAAGUCAUGUCAGAAAGUGACAGUAAGGAUGACAAUUAGAAAGAAUGACUGCCGUAGUAACAGACCGAUCAACAUAGUGUCAUGUGAUGGAAAGUGUCCAUCUGCAAGUAUUUACAACUACAACAUCAACACAUAUGCACGCUUCUGUAAGUGCUGCAGAGAGAUGGGGCUGCAGCGGCGUUCAGUCCAACUCUACUGCAGUGGAAACUCCACGUGGGUUAGUUACACCAUACAGGAGCCUACGGACUGUUCCUGCCAGUGGUCAUAAUCCUUAUAAACCAUAAUAACAGAAAGUGUUACUUAUCAUUCAACUUGAACGCGAAGGACCAUCAAAUCUGCAUCCUGGUCUGUAUAUAUGGAAUUGUACCACAGAGCACACUGAAAUAAAGAUUUGCUGAUUGUAUUUAGAUGCUUUUCUACAGGUAGCGUUACUACUUAAUGAUCUGAAUAUUAUAUGAUUUGAUAACAUGUUAUAAACAAUCACGUGUUUAUUGAAUAAUUGAUCUUAUGCUGUAUUUUGAGCACUUUAUUUAUUUAUUACCAUAUAAGAACAAUUGCUUCACUCAAAAUACACGAUUUUAUUCACGUACAAUACAUAUGAAUUAUGCAUAGCUUUUAUUGAUGAAGCACUUCAGCUGAUCCAAAAUAAUUUAGCUUUGUGAUCUGGUUUAAGUUGUUACAAAGUCAACAUAAAUUUGCUUUAUACAGUAUGGCACAUUUUAAGAACAGCUUUAGCUUUUUUGUGAGAUACUAGACGUAAAACUGAAUAUGUGAAGUUCCUGUUUUUAUAUCUGUGUCCACAGUAUUGCAAAUGGAUGGUCAUAAUGAAUACCUCUGUAUAGACUGGAAUAUUUUAUAAUAUUUUAUAGAAUGAUAUAUUUUAUUGUGGAGCCCUCUUUAGGUUCUUGGUCAUAACACUUUACUUGCUGAAGAAUUGCAAUAUACAUAAUAUGCUUAGUUUUUAAUUGUGUACUAUACUGUAUGUAUAUUUUCAUUUUCAA